CAGAGCGUGGACCCCAACCACUUGAUUACGACCGGGGAGGAGGGCUUCUUUGAUGAGCGCGACCCCAUGGCAGGCAAGCGUCUGCAGCGUCGUGCGCAAGCUGUGCCUCCCGGCCCCGCAGCCUACGAUCCCAACGACGGCAACCAGUGGGGCCCCAGGAGCGGGCAGGACUUCCGCGCCAACCACGCGCACCCCUCCAUCGACUACGCCGUGAUGCACCUCUGGCCCGACAACUGGGGGAGGCUCGGCAUCGACUUUGGGCAGGGCUGGCUGGAUGCGCACAUCAAGGUGGCUGCGGAGCUGGGCAAGCCGCUCAUCUUGGAGGAGUUUGGCAAGGGGGCUGCAGAGGGCGACAUUCUGAGCACGAGGGACCCCUGGUUUGAGCUGGUGAAGAACGCGGUGGACAGCUCGCUGCAGAGCGAUGGCCCCCUGCGCGGCUCGCUCUUCUGGCAGUGGGAUGGC